AUGGAUAAGGCGAACAAUCCACAGGGUGCUAAACCAAAUUUCGCAUCCGGUGGAAAAGCAGCACAGCCUAAUGCAAAACAGAUUAUGCUUGAUUGGUGUAAAGCUGUAACUAAAGGAUACGAGGGUGUUGACAUACAAAAUUUUGGAAGUAGCUGGGGUGAUGGUUUAGCAUUUUGUGCAUUAAUUCAUCACUUUUAUCCGGAUUCGUUUGAUUUCUCCACAUUAGAUCCAAAAAAUAAACGAGCAAAUUUUGAACUGGCAUUUGAAAAAGCUGAAAAGCUUGGCAAUGUUUCUCCGUUACUUGACAUUGAAGAUUUAAUGCGUAUGAAAGUACCUGACUGGAAAUGUGUCUUUACACAAAUUCAGCUGUAUUAUCGACGUUUCCAUUUGGAGGAAGGUAAAAAUGCAACUGUCCCUCCAACUGGUAUCCUUCCCAAAGCUGCUCCAAAAUCAGAGAAUACAGAUGAAUAA